AUGUCUGCCGCCGCCAAAUCCUCUCCUCCUCCUCCUCCUCCUCCUCCUCCUCCUCCUCCUCCUCCUCCUCCUCCUUCUCCUCCUCCUCCUCCCCCUGGCGGCAAGUCCGUCGACAAGAAUACUAGUCACAGUACUUCUUCGUACCCCAACCUCAAGAUCCCCCUUUCCGGAGACGGAAGCACUCCCCAGUCCGCCGCCUGGUCAGGAGUCAUGUUCCAACCCCCAAGUAUCACCAAGAACUAUGUAGUCGACGGCGUUGGCCUCUUCCCUCGCUACCGCCGUACUCGUGUCGAUGAAGCGCGCGACUUUGCUCGCCUGUCGUAUACAAUCCUCGACGGUGAGACCUACGAGAUCAUCCCCGAGUCUCAGAUCCCUCCCGGCCCCCUUGGUAACCCGUCGAUGCCACCCGCUGCGGGUAUCGUAGCUCAGAUGCAGGAGAUUUUCGCGCACGAGAACGCUCUUGCUACGGGUUCGGGGCCAGCAACUGAUGCUUACAACGCGCUUCAGGCUCACCACGGCGACGCGUUUGUAGACGACAACUUCAAUACUGGUAACUCAUCGGAAGACGCUGCUGAAUCUUCUUCCGCUUCGUCUGACGACUGCUCUGAUAGUGCCUCCUCUACAAAUUAG